CAAAAAUUGAACGGGUUGAGGUUGAGAGAAGACAGAAGACGAAACAUUGAUAUGGCAACGCUGAAUAAAUAAUUUCCUUUUUCUAGAACAUUGCUGGAACUUGUAGGAACCGCGAUUUCGCCGGCAUUUAUUGAAAGAAAUUCCAACGUGAGUGUUAAGUGCAAGUUAUUAUAUAAAGAUGUACCGUCUACCUAACACUGUUCGCUCCGUGGCACUCCGCAAAGCCCACAUAAAUACUCAAAUUCAAAGAUGGUAUGCCAAAGAUGUAAGAUUUGGAUCAGAGGUCAGAGCCCUGAUGCUCCAAGGGGUAGAUGUACUUGCAGAUGCAGUAGCAGUGACAAUGGGUCCAAAGGGUCGUAAUGUAAUUAUUGAGCAAUCAUGGGGAUCACCAAAAAUUACCAAGGAUGGUGUUACAGUAGCUAAAGGAGUAGAGCUCAAAGACAAAUUCCAGAAUAUUGGAGCUAGACUAGUACAGGAUGUAGCUAAUAACACAAAUGAAAAAGCUGGAGAUGGAACAACAACAGCUACCGUCUUGGCCAGGUCGAUUGCAAAGGAAGGUUUUGAUAACUUGGGCAAAGGUGCCAAUCCUGUUGAAAUUCGCAAAGGUAUUAUCUCAGCUGUUGAAGAAAUCGUUAAAUCUCUUAAAUCACUUUCUAAACCUGUCACCACACCAGAAGAAAUUCGUCAAGUUGCCACCAUUUCCGCAAAUGGUGACGAAUCAGUUGGAAAUUUAAUUGCAGACGCUAUGAAGAAAGUUGGAAAGGAAGGUGUUAUCACUGUCAAAGAUGGUAAAACCCUGAAUGAUGAAUUAGAAAUUAUUGAAGGUAUGAAGUUUGACAGAGGAUACAUCUCACCAUAUUUUGUUAAUACACCUAAAGGUGCCAAAGUCGAAUAUCAAGAUGCUUUGCUUUUACUCAGUGAAAAGAAAAUUUCGUCUGUACAAAGCAUUGUUCCAGCUUUAGAAUUAGCCAAUGCCCAAAGAAAACCCUUGAUAAUAAUUGCUGAAGAUGUUGAUGGAGAAGCACUGACCACACUCGUAGUUAACAGACUCCGUAUUGGCCUACAAAUUGCUGCAGUUAAAGCACCUGGUUUCGGUGACAAUAGGAAAGCUACCCUACAAGAUAUCGCCAUUGCAACUGGUGGUCUCGUAUUUGGUGAUGACGCCAAUAUUGUUAAACUAGAAGAUGUUAAAUUAUCAGAUCUAGGUAACACUGGAGAAAUUGUUAUUACAAAAGAUGAUACUCUCAUUCUUAAAGGUAAAGGCAAAAAGGAAGACAUUGACAGAAGAGCCGAUCAACUCCGUGACCAAAUCGAAACCACAACCUCAGAGUAUGAAAAGGAAAAGCUCCAAGAACGUCUUGCCAGGUUAGCAUCAGGUGUAGCAGUAUUAAAAGUCGGUGGAAGCAGCGAAGUAGAAGUAAACGAGAAAAAAGACAGAGUAACAGAUGCUUUAAAUGCAACAAGAGCAGCUAUUGAAGAAGGUAUUGUUCCCGGAGGUGGUACUGCACUUUUAAGAUGCAGUCCUAGUUUGGAUUCACUCAAACCUACAAAUAAGGACCAAGAAGUCGGUAUACAGAUUGUAAAAAGAGCUUUAAGAGUACCUUGCAUGACCAUUGCUGCUAAUGCUGGAGUAGAUGGCGCAUCUGUAGUAGCUAAAGUAGAACAACAACAAGGAGAUUACGGUUAUGAUGCCCUCAACAAUGAAUAUGUAAACAUGUAUGAAAGGGGAGUUAUUGAUCCUACCAAGGUUGUCCGAACUGCCAUUGUAGAUGCUUCCGGUGUUGCCUCUCUCUUGACCACAGCUGAAGCAGUCAUCACAGAAAUUCCAAAGGAAGAACCAGCCAUGCCCGGUGGCAUGGGCGGUGGAAUGGGAGGAAUGGGUGGCAUGGGGGGAAUGAUGUAAACCCAUUUUAAACUUGCAUAGACUGUUCUAACUUAAGUUCAGUGUUUGCCGCGAGUGGCAAGUUGGACAGUAUCUGUCAAAAAGUUCCAUUUUCGUAUUUGGCAGACCCUUUAAAAACUUUUUUUAUACUGUUUGUUGUGCUAUAUAAAUUCGUGUGAGUUUUCUUAUAUGUACCACGAAUUAAAUUGCGUGAAUGAGAAAUUAAGAGCAACUUAUUUUAGUCUCUAUAGUGAUCAGAAGUGGUUUUAGGGGGUUAUCAGAUUAUGUACAUGCCUCCUUGAAAUCAAUUGUGAUUGCUGAACUGAUCUGCAUUUAAAUCCGAUAGAAUGAUCGAUAUAGUUUGUAUGACCUCAGAUGUACCUAUAUUGUUGUAAAUAUAUUGUUACUUUUU